CUGAGCAAAUCUUAGAAAUUUCAUCUUUAAAUGAAGUUGCUACACAAAAAGAGGAAGUGCGCCAGGUGUUGAGAGUACUGAUGGGCAAAAUAUUUCAAGGUCAUUGUAUAGAGGCUGAUGAAUCAGUGACAGACUUUUUAGAUGACAUCUUCCACCACUAUGGGGACUCUUGUACCCCUUACAUGAACCUCAAAGGGCUUAAAAGAAUGAUUCAUGACCUUCAAAACGCUGGCCACAGCCAUGAUCAUGAUCGCAGUCACGAUCAUGAUCACACCCAUCAUUCUCAUGAUCAUAGCAAAGAUCCUCAUGAACAUGAGCACCAUAAUGAAUGUCAUCAUUCCAAUGAACUGUUUUCACUUUACCAUAAUCAUGAUCAUCAUAGCCAUUCGGAUAACCAGAACAGUGCAAGUGGUGGAAGAUUUGCCAGCCACAAACAUCAUGAUCAUGAUGAUCACACAGACCACGAUCAUGAUCAUGACCACUCCGGCCAUGAUCACGAUCAUUCUAUCAAACAUGACCGUCUUAUACACAGCCAUGGUGAUGAUGAUAGCCACAGUAGUCAGCAUGUCUAUAAUGAGCAUGAACAUGAUGACCAUUUAAUCAACUCUGAACAUGACCAUGAAAGCUCUACUCCAAGCAAUAUGGUUAUUCAGAAUCUUACUGAUACUAUACAUCAAGAGGAGCAUAACCACAAAGAACAUUCUGACCAUCAAGAGGAGCAUAAUCACAAAAAACAUUCUGACCAUCAAGAGGAGCAUAAUCACAAAGAACAUUCCGACCAUGUGCUUCGAAAUAAAGCUGAGAGUAUGAACUCCAGUGCAGAAGCUGAAGGCAAUAAAGAUACUUCACCAGUGCCUGAGGAAAUAGACUUACAACCUGUCUCUAACAUUAGCAUUUACAAUGCUUCACAUGCAGAUGGACAUCACAUGCUGCAUUAUGAAUCUACCAUUGGUAUUGGGAGCUCUGAGCCAAUAACCACAAAGGAAAAUAUUGAUUGGAUGUCUACAGCGGCUUCAUCAGCUGUUAGUUCUAGAUUUCAGAGAUCAGCAUCAGAGGAUAGGGAUCCUACUGUUUCUAAAGAUCUAACAGCUGAAAGUGGGGAUUUUAAUGUCCCAUCUUCAUCCUUGAAAAGUGAUUUCUUCCAUCAGGUUGAAAGGCAGAAAGAAAAAGAUGAAACAUAUCAGCAGUCGGAUGAUGUGAAGAAGGUCUAUUUGCUUCGUAAUGGGGAAAAUGAAAGGCAAACAGAUUCUACUUUACAGUUAAAUGACAAAUUUGCUAGUUUAGCAACAAAGUGUCUGAGUGUUGAAGAUUUAAUUUUAAAAUUUGGCCAUCAACAAAACAGUUCACUUAGUAAAGGAGAUUUCCUCGAUUUGUGCCCUGCUCUUAUUCAGCAGAUAGUUAGUGGUGUCUGCACUGAACCUGCUCCUCCCCCUGCUCCUGCUCCAUCUCGUGCAGAAGUUUAUGGUUAUGGAUCGCUGUCAGUUCUGGUGAUCAGCUUGACUUCUCUAGCCGGAGUUCUUUUACUGCCCGUCAUGACAAAGCGUGCAUACAAUUACAUCAUUGCUGGGUUUUAUGGUCUUGCCUUUAGUACACUUGCUGGAGAUGCCUUAUUGCACCUCAUGCCACAGUUUUUAGGUCUCCAUAUGCAUGGGUCAGGUGGUUCCCAUGAACAUUCUCAUGAUGGUUCAUUCCUUGAGCCGUAUACUCAGCUGCAACUUGGAGUUUUCUUCACCAUCUAUGGACUCUUUCUUUUUGAGGCUAUACUUUGUGCUUUUUCUUCCAAUGGACAUAAUUCUAGUCAAGACAAUAAAAGUCAUGGUCACAGUCAUGUUCAUAUUGCAGAUCAAUUGCCAACUUUGAUUUCUGUCAAAAGUAAAUCAGAAACACAGCUGCCUGUUUCGAGAGACCAGUCGAGUUCGUCCUUAGAUACAGAAAUCGUUGAUAUGGAUUCCAUUAAAAAGCCACCAAAUUUGAUGGUUGCCAAGCCUUUAUUCUGUGGACUGACUUCUAUGGCUUUAGUUGUCACUCUGGGGGACUCUAUUCACAAUUUUGGGGAUGGGCUGGCUAUAGGGGCUGCUUUUUCCACUGGUGUUCGUGGAGGUCUCUCUACUGCCAUUGCUGUUUUCUGUCAUGAGCUUCCCCAUGAAUUUGGAGAUUUUGUUGUUCUUCUUUCAACUGGACUCUCAUUUUCCAAAGCUUUGGUUAUAAAUUUUCUAAGUGGACUGACCUGUUUUGCUGGGCUUUAUAUUGGAAUAUACAUAGGUGAUAAUGAAAUCGCAAGGAAGUGGAUCAUGGCCGUUACUGCUGGCAUAUUUCUCUAUGUUGCUCUUGGAGAAAUGAUACCAGAAUUACGUGAGCAAGGCCAAGGUUCACCUUUUAAAAUACUUUUAGUGAAAAAUUUAGGAAUUUUAAGUGGAAUCUUAAUAAUGCUGCUCAUUUCUAUGUAUGAGGAAGAAAUGAUGUGAUUUUUGUUUUUAUUAAUGCCAAUUGUAGCUUUGUAACCAUGCUUAACUGCCACAAAAUAAGUCUUCCAGAUGACUCUGACAUUACAGAACUGCCCUUAAAAUUAUUUUCACUUGAAAUUUUGAAUCCUAAGAGUUAUAACCAUAUUAAUUAUUUGGUGAAUAUAAUUUUUAACUGAUCAGUUAUUAUAAUAUUGUACUUAAAUAUUAUAUUUACUUUUUUUUUCGAAAAAUAAUACAGUUUUUAAUUUUUAUGAAUAUUUCCAUUUAAGUUGCGGGGAAAUUUGCUAAAAUUUGCCACCGACUUUUACGAUUUUUAAACAAUUUUAUUACCACCUACACUCAUUAGUUUUAAUUGCAGCUGUCAGAUUUUUGACUUCAUUUUAAGUAAUAAAUUCAAUGCUAACCCCCCCUUUUUUAUCUUAUUUUUUUCUCCCCCCCCCCCCCCCCCCCAAUGUUUUUGCUGUACUCCUGCAUUUAAUAAAAACGUAGAUUCAGAGAGCAAUUACAACUUUACCAGAAUUGUUUUGUAGAUGUUCUAAGUUCCGAUGUGGUUAAAAAUUUCAUAAUUUUUCUAAAUCAAGUUGAUGUAUUUUUUAAAAAAGGAAGUUACAAAACUUCCUAAUGCAAGCAAAACAAUUAAAGUUGUACUUUUUUAAAGGAGAGAUUCUGUUCUCCAGAGUGAUAAAACCCAAGCUUAGUCAUUAACAAUGUGCCUAUUUAAAGUAUAUGGACGCAAAUAACAAAUGCAGCUUUUCUAGAAGAAUAUUUCUGUAGGAUGAAGUAGAUUUGUGUCAUUCUGAAGAAGCAAAAGAUAUUCAAAUCAAAUCGAUUUAAUAAUGUAUAUUAAAUUUGUUUUAUAGUUUGUGAGCUUUAUUUGCAAUUUUUGUAGCAUUUGCUUCUAAUAUUUAAGUUUUUUCUUACUAUGAGAACUCUGCAAAAAUAGCUAAUCAACUGUUAUCAACUGUAUAAUAGCUGCCGAAUAAGAUAUAUCAUCAACUUAAGUUUUAACAUGAAAAUUGAUUUGUUUUUAAUUGCAGUUUUUCUAAAAAAGAGAUAAAUCAGCCUACGCCUCUGCAUAUUGACUAGGUUGUUAUCUAAAACAUAGAUUCUGUGCUUUCUAAACGUUACAGGUGUAUACUUGUUGGUAAAUACUUCCAACAAGUUUGUGUAUUUAUUUUUCUGAUCUCCACAAAUUAUCAUUCUAACAAAAGAUAUUGUGAAUGACAGUGGAUGACUCAUGAAGCAGAUCAUUAGGAGUUUACUCAGGGGUGAAAGUUUUCAGUCUUCUGAUGGAUUGCUGUUUAAAAAUAAAAAUCGAAACUUAAUGAGACUGAACAAAAGGAGUUGAAAGGUAAUAAAUAUUCAUUGAGUGAGAUAAAUAAGGGAAGUUUAGAAUUUUGUUUUUAUUUAACUUGUAUAUUAUGAUCAUAUUUAAGAGAAAUUGCUACUCGUUACUGAAUGAUGAAAAAUAAAUUAUUCUUAAACAAAGUGAAAUUUUAUUUUUUUUAAAAAUCAUAAUUCUUCAAUGUUUGUUAAUAUUUUCUGAUUUUGAAUACUUUUGGGUGAAAUUAGUUUUUAUUUUUUAAGUAAUAAGUGCAAUCCUUUUUACUUAUUAAAAAGUAAAUUUAGGAUUUGAAAAAUUUCCGUCUUGAGAAUUUUUGAAACUUUUGCCCCUGAGUUUACUGUAUAUUAAUAUUUAUUUUUCAGUAACAUCCAGUGCUGUAGUUGAAAAAAAAAUAUUUGGGAGGGGAUGCUUUUUAGACCGAAAAAUAUGCAGUUUACAUUACCUAAGCUGUUUUUAAUUCAAAAGCUAGACAAUUUUUUAUAAGUUGGUUUGAAGUAGAAGUUCUGUACUGUAAUUUUACAAUAGUUAAUCCAGGGGUUCCCACCCACUUAGGAGCAAGGGCGCAUCCCUCCCCCCAUAAAUACUGCAAAGACAGCCCCUCCCUCUCAAAAAAAAAAGAAAAAGGCCACCCAAAAAAGAAACUUACUCCUCAAAACAACCCUUCCUAAAAAUUUCAAUGACCCCUCCCCCUUCUAGACAGGUUCCCCUUGUGAACCAGAUAUCUAGAAAGAUGGUGUUCCUCCCCAACUACAAUGUCGUUUUUUAACAAUUUUCUUUUGAACCAAACUUUUAGUGUUUUGAUUGUGCUGCUGAAGUAAAGGUGAUAACUAUGGGAGCAAGUUCCGAUUUUAAUGCUAUCCAUUGUAGAAUGUAGAUAAUUGAAAGUGAGUUCCUAUUGUAAAGAGAGAAUUUGUAAGUAAAGGUUUGAGUUUGUCUAAUCAUUGAUCAAAGAUCGUUGUUUUGUCAUCUUGACUUCUAGUCUUAAAAUCAUGAAUUGCAUAUUUGUUCAUUUGUACAUUUAAUGUAUUGUAUCAUUUUCAUUUGUAAAGUGUAUAGUGCAUUUACUGGGCUAUA